AUGAACGCGCGCGCCGAGGUGGGGAUUUUCACCGGCCAUCUUGACAACGUCAUCUGCGCGAGCUUCUCUGCUGAUGGAAAGUACCUGGCGACGACGAGCAAGGAUACAACGAUGAUUGUGUGGGAUGUCAUGACGACAAAGCGGAUGCUAACCCUCAAGCACGCAAAAGUCGUAAUUUGCUGUCGUUUUUCGCCAGAUAGCAAGUAUUUGGUGAGCGGCUGCCAGGAUCGCAUUUGCCGACUCUGGGAUACCUCACGCGGGCGAGAGUGGAUUUCGUAUUCUCAACAUAAAGGUAUUAUCAUCUCUCUUGCCUUUAGUCCGUGUGGGAAGUAUGUUUGCAGUUCCUCAUCGGAUAAAACACUUCGGGUGUGGUCGGCAACGAGCGCGAAGACGCGGUUUACCCUCCUUGGGCAUCGCGGGAUUAUUCUAUCCUGUAGUUAUUCUUCGGACGGACGGUAUAUUAUCAGCAAUGAUGAGGCCUCGCUGCGGGUUUGGCUUGCCAAGAAUGGAUGCAGCGUGUUGAAAUUAUCGCCAACGGAUAUCGCAGGCAAUGUGACCUUCAUCCCAAAUCCCCUAAAAAGGGGGAAUGACAAUAUGAAUAAUAGUCAUGCGAGUAGUAAGCUCACGUGGACCUUGUCCUGUGGGGCGCCGGGGGGGUUUACGGAUUAUUGCAUUGCGGCCUGUAGUAAUCGUUUUGUGUAUAUUAUCGACAUUCAGACAGGAAAUGAAGUUGUGAGUACCUACGUGAGAGCGCCGGUCUACUGCCUUACUGUCGGCAGUAACGCGUACGCGGCGUGUGGGGAUGCCUUUGGAAAUAUCUACAUGCUCCAGAUCGAAUAG